ACAUUUUACAAGUAGACAGCAGCUGGUAGUAUAGUUGGUAAUUUGAUCGAGCAGUUGGUGUGCACACUGCAGAGGCAGAAAACAAGUCAAUGAAUCGCAACAAGUCCUCAACGCUCUUAACAUACGCUGAGAAAUGCAAGAACAUUUUGGCAUCGAAUUGGCAGGGUUCCCUCAACACUAUCAAAGCAGACGCCAAAGGAAGCAAGAGUGAUAUCCAUACUUCAAAGGUUAAGUACAUAAUCAAAAAGGGGCAACCAUUCCUUUGGGUUCCACAAAAUGAUUUGCAUAAUGUGAACACAAUCAUUGAUGAGCGUGGUUCUUUUGCUGUGAGCACUCCAUUUCCAGGUCCACUUGGGGGCUUGUUCAAAUCAUUGAAAAAGUUACCGGCGCGAGUUGCUUUAGCUGGGGACGUUCUUCCUCUUAAAGAAGAUAAGGCCAAGUCUCUUGCAGAAAAACUUCAGGAAGUGAUACUAUCUGAGCAGAAAUCAAUCAAUGAGUUCUCUUACACUGUUUCGGGUGUACUAAGUUCUAGCACUGAUAGAACAUCUCGAAGUGUUAAUCUUAAGGAACUAUUGGAAGAGGGAGACGAUGGAAGAUACUCCAUAUAUAGAUUUAAAAUGAGAUCUUGCACAUUUAUCGAUGGCAAUGGAGGCGAUUUUGAAGUGGAUGUUGAAGAUAUGGAAAAAUCUAAAGCUGAUGUAUUAGCACCAUUCUCAGCAAAAUUGAUUGAUGGGAUUAAUCAAAGUAAUGCUAGACGUAGAGCCCUCGUACUUUUUUGUUUUGUUCACAUGAAUGUCAAUGCGAAGGAUGCAUAUAUAACAUGGGUUGAUCGCAAGGGCUUUGAUGUACUGGCAAAAGUUUCCAGCCCGAUCAUGAAGGAUGGCAUAGGUCAGUACCAGUGGAAAGAAUACAGGUUCAUGUUCAAGGAAGAGGCACAAGAUGUUGAAUCAUUCUGUUGUCAACUGGUUGAAAUGGAAGAUGAGGUUGUCAAAAAGGUUUCAGUCUCCAGUGGAUUGGCAUGAAAACGUGCGAUACUCGCACUUGUCGGAGCUCCUAUUUGUAUAAAUUUUGUUGGCUAGAAAAUAUCAGUUGGCACAUUCUAUUGUUUUCGCUUUAUAAAGUUUUUUGCCAUUCAAUACAAUUUUAACAAGUGCUA